UAAGUACAGCUGUUUCUUCGAGAUGAGGGUCCCAUUGUUAAGCCCUGCAGUCUUACUUUUGUUGGUUAACGUGGCCCACAGCGCUACUGCAAUCGAACCCGAUCAACCGAAAAUCGAUUUUCCGAAAAGUGAUUUGACCCAGAGUGAUUCUUCAAAAGGCAACUCUGUGCCCCAGAAUGUUUUACCCAAGAGUGACGCGCCGCAAAGGGAUUCUUCCAAGAGCGAUGCACCCAAGGGCGAUUUUCCCGUGACAGAUAAAACCACAAGCUUGCAUAAAAGCGAUUCACUACAGGAUAUUACAGCCAAGGCGGACGAUUUGGCACAGGGUGUUCCCCCCAAAAGUGAUCCUCCCCUUAACAACACAGCGAAACAGGACUUCAUACUUAUAAUAACAGAUAAAAGGCAUACCGAAGGGGAUCCGAUCCAUGAAGCCUCAAUAUCGGGGCGAUUUCCGGAGUCUAAUACCGCGACAGUCAAGGCGCUCCAACAAAGGUUGUUGGAGGAGCAGGCCAAGACGCUGGAUUUUCGGAACCAGUCCUCGUAUUUAUUCAAGGAAUUACAUGCCAGAAAGUCUCAAGUUCUAAAAACUCAGGAGCAAAGCCUUGAUAUGGUCGCAAAGAUGAAUGAUGUGAACCGCAAGCUGCUGGAGACACAUGUGCAGCUGGAAAAUGUGCGAAAGCAGGUGAAGAAGUGUCAAGGAAAGCUUUCUGGCAAGGAGUUAUUCCGGCUGGCCAAUAUCGAGGCAAAUAGGUUGGUGAAGGAGGAGCGGGAGCCCAUCGUCAACUACAACCAUAGGAACAGGUUCCUAAAACUCCUAAGAGAGCUGCGGCGGAAGAUCAAGGAGGAAAUAGACAAAAUCUCUGUGCUUGUCGUUGAGACAACCACGACCUUGAGGCCUUCUGACCGAAUCUUUCCCACUCUUCCUUGGCUAUAAUAGGUGCGAUUCCUGGGUUCUUAGUCAAUAAACAACAAAAUAGAAAAUUCCGAUAGCAUUGAGUCAUAGUAAAACCUUCAAAUUGCGCGCUUUCUUGAUCAAAUUAGCCAGAAUAAAUCAGAUUUUUACAGCUCA